CAAAAGGAAGUAUUUGUUGUUGCCCUAGCCUCUGUGACUUCUUCCCAAGCGAAGCCUUGGCUCUCAAGGGAGAAGGUUUCGGGGGGUCGCCUUCCCCGUCGGGCGGGACCCCUCAGGGAGAGCGAAGGGGCGUCUGAGGAGCCUGCCUUCGCUCUGUGGGGCGCCGGAGGCGCUGAAAGGGGGAAAAAGGGUUGGGCACCCCGAGUUUUCCCUCCCACGUUAUGUUUUCCUUCUUUCGCUGGAACCCAUUAACUCGUUGCGCUCCAGGAGGAGGAGGAGGAAGAGAGGAUUCCGGUCGAUCUCUUUCCCAGGAAACCGAGGCAUCGCUGGGGGAUCUCUCCGCUACCUCAUGGCUGGACCCUAAGUGGACUCUGGAGUUCUUCUUCUGCCCCAUCUCCGAGGAUGGGAUCUCCCCCAAACUUGGCACACAUGGCUUGUUACCUCAGGUCUCCACUCUGAAAUCCGCAUCUCGGGUUUUGUGGCCCUCUUCCCUCCACGAAGUAUGGUUUCCUCUCCUGGAGUGUGGUCACUGCCUCUCCUGGCAUCCUUUUAACUCCAGGUUCGCCUUUCUGGCUUGGAUGCCUUAGAAGUCCUGCUACCCCGAAAAACUGUACUGUAGCCGGUCUCCGUUUUCGCCCUUGGGUGAUCCGAGCGUCGCCUCUCCCCAAAGCACUGCCUUCCUUUCGGAGUCUGAGAUUUGAAACACUUAUGAGAGAAUGUUUUGAAUUCUCUCCCUGGAUGCCUCCACUACUUGAACAUAUUUGAGAUCAGAGUCUGAAUUCUUUUGCAUUUUAACUUUUUUUUUUAAAUUCAGGCCUGUUUGUGAAGCUCACCUGGAAUUUGCCUGAACCUAAACUUUUGAGAUCCUAAUUCCACUUUCUUUUCACACUCAGGGUCCUUCUGUUUAGACGGGUGUUUUUUUAAUUAUUAUUAUUAUGUUAUGAACUUAUGGCAGGACUGUAAAGAAUCUUCUGGAUCCCGCUACCCCCUUUUAACAGAAAAUCUAGACUACCUACUUAGUGGCUUGAACUCUGGAAUAACUUUUCCCAACUUGGGAAAGUCACUACGCCCUGCCCCAUCUUCCCCAUUUUGUGUGUCCUGGUUUUUGUUUGUGUGUGUUUUUUUUAACUGACUCGGCAUGCCUGCUUUUGGUGGAAAAAAGUCCAAGUUAGAGAAGUUUUGCCCUUACAAGGGAUGGUCAGCAUGAUCUGGAGAUUAAAGCAGCACCCUGUUCAAUAGAGCCUAUACUCAAGUCUUGGGAUCAGUACAUGAGGGGCAGAAGAGAGCGCUCUUGGCGUGCUGUGAUGGGACGGUGCUGUGCCUGAAGAUGCCCUUCCCUUGUUCUUUCAAGAGAGAGGAGAGCAGGGAGACUGCCUGAUGCGAGCGAUGGCAGAGGGGGACGCCGCCCUUGCCUGUGAGGAAUCUGUUGGGCAGGAGGAGCGUCCGUACAAGUGCAAGCAGUGCUCGCGGAGCUACCGCCACGCGGGCAGCCUGGUGAACCACCAGCGCACCCACGAGGUGGGCCUCUUCACCUGCCUGGUAUGCCACAAAGGUUUCUCCAACCCCAUGGCUCUCAAAAGCCACCUGCGGACCCACUUAGAAGGGAAGCGUUACAAAUGUCACGACUGUGGCCGGUCCUUCCGGGCUUCCUCUCAACUGACCAGCCAUCGUUGCACAGCUCGUGUCAGCCGGGACCAAGAGGAGGAAGAGGGGAGUAACGGAGGGAGCUACGCUUUCCAAAGGGGGCAGGACACGUCCUCCUCCUCAGAGGCCGACACUUACUCCAAGAUGGAGAACAGCAGCGGAGGUCUGCUGACCAACCUGGAGAAGUACAUUGCGGAAUCAGUUGUGCCAGCAGACUUUUCUCAGCUGCAGUUCCUGCCCAAGGUGAAAGCCGAGGAAGAGGGACUGCUUCCGAUGCACCAGGGGGAGGAGGAAGAGGAAGAGGAGGAGGCAGGGAUCGGGGCCACUGUUGUGGACGAGCGGCGCUACAAAUGCAACCAGUGCGACAAGGCCUACAAGCAUGCAGGGAGUCUUACCAAUCACAAGCAGAGCCACACGCUGGGCCUGUAUCAGUGCGCAAUGUGCUGCAAGGCCUUCUCGAACCUCAUGGCCCUCAAGAGCCACGCUCGGCUCCACUCAGAGUAUCGUCCCUACAAGUGCCGGUUCUGCCACAAAGCCUUCCGGUUGCCUUCCGAACUGCUGAGCCACCAGAAGGCCCAUGGCCAGGACGAGGGCAAGAUGGCGGGCUCGCGUCCCUGGGAGGGCUCGGAGCAGGGCAUCUGGGAGGAAGACUCCAUUGAGACUUUGGCCAAGCUGGAUAUCUACCAACCUCCUCCGGUGGGCACAGACUUUGGAGAGACUGCCCCGUGUAGCCUCAAAGAUACUUCCAAAGCAGGGGGUGGCGAACGUUGCAACCCAGAUGGAGAGCUUUGCGUCCGCUGUGGGGGGACCUUCGCUGAUGAGGAAGAGCUGAAGGGACACAGUUGCUUUUAUCCAGAGGAAGGAGAGGAGGAAGAGGAGGAGGAGGAAGGCAAUACUCCUCAACAGCCAGCCCCUGGGUCCAAUGGAGCUUGGGAAGCAAGUUUGAAAGGUGGGGAAAGCUAUCACUUCUGCGAGGAGCGGCCCUUCUGCUGUGAUGAUUGUGGCAGGACUUACCGGCAUGCCGGGAGCCUCAUCAACCACAAAAAGAGUCACCAGAUUGGGGUCUACAGUUGUACCGUGUGCUCAAAGCAGCUCUACAACUUAGCUGCCUUGAAGAACCACUUGCGAGUCCACCUCAAAUCCAAGCUUGGCUCAUCUGCGCAGGAAGAAACCCCCCAACACCCGUCUGCUCUUUCGGACAACCGGCGCGAGGCAGACAACCCCAGGGGUGCGGGAGGCUACCCGAUGCGGCCGGGAGAUGUCUGGAGAGGGGCUUCCUGUGGAAAGGAAGAGGAGGAGAGAGGUGCUGAGGAGGAGGAGCGGCCCUACCGGUGCGGAGAUUGUGGGCGGAGCUAUCGGCACCGUGGCAGUCUUGUGAACCACCGCCAUACCCACCAGACGGGGAUCUUCCAGUGCUCCAUUUGCCCCAAGCAAUACUCCAAUCUCAUGGCGCUCCGGAAUCAUGUCCGGGUCCAUCUGCGGGCCGCCCGUAUGCGGGGCAGGGAACAAGGGGGUGGCCUGACGUGCAGCAGCUGCGGAGAGAGCUUUGAGGAGGAGGCCGAGUUCCAGCUCCAUCAGCUACGCCACAUGCCCUGUGCGGAGGACUUAGGGGCCGCCGCCGUCCCCAAGCUCAGUGUCUUUCACUCCCAGGAGGCAGACCUACUCCAGGCGAUUAAGCAGGAUGUGGAAGCUCUGGAGAACGGGGCCGCAGUGGCCGAGGAUGUCCUUCCCAUCUCUGAGAUGACCCACAGUGUUGCUGACUUGCAGAACCAUGCCCCACAGCACGGGGCGGAAAGUGAACCGGUGGAAGGGACAGCGGAGAGGACAGACUCUCCCGUCUCCAUCCAGCGGCUCUAUGGUUGUGACCAGUGUGGCAAAUCCUACCGGCACUCAGGGAGCCUCAUCAACCACAAGCAGACACACCAGACGGGGGACUUCAGCUGCUCAGCUUGUGGCAAGCACUUCCAAAACGUCGCCUCCCUCAAAAGCCACUUGCGUGGGCACCAGAAGCCAAGAAGAGGGCAGGCUGAGAUGGUGGUCAUUAUGAAUGACGAGGAGGAGGAGGAGGCUGAAGUUGCAGAUGAAGCUGCCAUGUCUGGGAUGGUUCCCUCAGGAGAUAAGUUGCAGAACGGCAAUAACAUUCUGGACGAAGGUGCUGGUACCAACGGAUGGCAGCUGGAGUCUCAAGCACCAUCUUCUUUGCUCGGGGACAUACAAGAGCAUCCUUGUCUCUGUGACCAGUGUGGUCUGGGCUUUGAAGAGGCCAACAGCUUGAUGAUCCACAAGCAGACACACCAGCUUGGCAUCUACCAGUGCUCUCUCUGCCCCAAAGAAUAUCCCAGUCUUCUGGCUCUGAAAAAUCAUUUCCAUGGACACACCAGGGCUACAGUGUCCACCUGGGGAAAUCGUGGCGGGGAAGACAAUGCGGAGGAGCAACCCUUCCUUUGUAGCCUCUGUGGGAUGAUCUUCCCCAGCGAGGAUGGUCUCCAGCAUCAUCAUAGCCUCAUGCACGAAGAGGGCGAAGCCCAGGGAGGUGGACAGGAUGUCGUGCUGAAAGAGGAGGCCGGGGAGCAUCUGGAUGGUGCUGGGGGUCGAGAAGAAGAGCAACUCCUCUCUCAUAUCUGCGGCUAUUGUGGUCAGACAUUCGACGACAUGGCCAGCUUGGAAGAGCACAGUGAGGGGCAUUUGGAGGAGAAGGCCGCUGCCUUGGCAGACACAUCCAUCCAGCUCCGUCGCGCUCCGCGCCCGGAGGAAGACCAACAGCCCCCGCCUUCAACUCCAACAGAAUUGUCCUGCCAUAUCAAUGAGCCCCUAGACAACCGGCCCUAUGCCUGCAGUCAGUGUGGCAAGACUUACCGGCACGGCGGCAGCUUGGUCAACCACAAGAAAAUCCAUCAGAUUGGAGAUUACCAGUGCGUCGUCUGCAGCCGACUGUACCCCAAUAUGUCUGCUUACCGUAACCAUCUGCGGAAUCAUCCAAGGUGCAAACUGAAUGGCAGUGUGCCGGAGCUCCGCCAGCCCGCCCCCGCUGGAGGAACAGAACCAUCGUUUGCCUAUGAAAUACCGAAGAAAGAGGCCUUUGAUGGCAGCAACAUGGUGCAUCAAGCCAAGGAAGAGCCCUCUUGUGCUUCCUCCCUUGGCUCUCCCAUUGUAGAGGAAAGAUCAGAUGUUGGACCAGAGUUGAACACAAGCCAGUGUGAGCCCAGAAAGGCCCAACUCUUUGAUAUAUGCGGAGAGGUGUACGAGGGGAAAACAGUACUGGAGGGCCAUCGGAUACUUCAUUCCACUGAAGAGGAAGGGAAAGUGGAAAAAGAGGAAGAAAUGACAGCAGGAGAGGAGAAAAGUCCUGGCACGGAAGAGGAGGGCUCCCCAUCGGAGCGGCCCUUCCAGUGUGAUGUGUGCGGGCGCAGCUACAAGCACGCAGGCAGCUUGAUCAACCACAAGCAAACGCACAAGACGGGACUUUUUCAUUGCGGCGUCUGCCAGAAGCAGUUCUACAACCUCAUGGCCCUCAAGAACCACAACCGCACCCACUUUGAGACCAAGCGCUACCGAUGUCCCGAGUGCCCCAAGGCCUUCCGGCUCCAGAAGCAACUGGCCAGCCACCAGCGGGUACAUCGUGACCGGAAGCGAGACUCCUCUGCCCACGCGUCCCGGCGGCCUGCUCACGCCAAGCGGGCUGGCAAGACGGAGAGCUCCGCCCUCCCUCCCAAGCCCCCCCUGGAUCCCGAAGAGCGGCCCUACCGAUGCGGGGAGUGCAGCCGCACCUACCGCCACGCGGGCAGCUUGCUCAACCACCAGAAGAGCCACCGGGUCGGGCACUUCACCUGCCCCCUCUGCAGCAAGGCCUACCCCAACCUCAUGUCUCUGAAAAACCACCAGCGGAUCCACUACGAAGUGAAGCGCCACCCGUGUCCGGAUUGCGGCAAAGCUUUCAAGUGGCAACGGCAGCUGCUGCGGCACCAGCGCCGCCCUCGUCCGUGCGGCGGCAGGGCUCCGGGGUCGGAAGCCAGUGGGAGCAAAGAGGCCUCGGGUGCGGAGGAGGAGGAGGAGGGCGGUCGCAGCUCCGCAGGGGCUUCCGCGGGCUCUUUCCCGAGCCGGGCGUGUUCCAAACGCUUUCCCAGCCACGCGGCGCUCAAGAGCCACAGCCGUGUUCACGCCAAGAAACCCUUUGAUUGCUCAGCGUGCGGAAAGGCUUACCGGACCGCCAAAGAUCUGACGGGCCACCGCAGGAGACACGCAGGGGAGGCGGCGGCGGCAGAGGUUGGCAAGGGCGGUGACACCUCUCCCUCUUCUGUGACCGUGAGUAAGUCACCGGAGGAGCGUCCUUACAAGUGUAACAGUUGCGAGCGGACGUACCGCCAUGCCGGGAGCCUCCUCAACCAUAAGCAAGUCCAUGCCACUGGCCUCUACCGCUGCCCCAUGUGUCAGAAGGAGUUUCACAACCGCCUGGCCCUCAAGAACCACCUCCACCUGCACAAGAACAAGAAGCGCCACUGGUGCUCUCGCUGCGGCAAACACUUUCGGACUUCCAAGCGGUUGGCUGCCCACGCCAGGGUGCACGGCGAGCGGAAGGGGGAAGGGACCUUCACCUGCCCCAUCUGCGCCAAGAGGUUCUUCCACCAGAUCAGCUUCCGGCAGCACCAGUUGUCACAUGCCAAGGACGAUGGGCAUCCUGGGGCUGCUGCCGGUUGGGCAGUGAGCUGAGGGUUGCAGAUCAAUGGACGACAGUGUGCCAAGGAUUAUAUGGCAGGGAGAUUAAACUGCAGGGAAAUUGGAAGAGCUUGAGUGGGGAGCCCUCUCUGUCGAAACGGCGGUCCCAUGCAUGCCUUGGAAAAAGAGGAAGAGGGGAGGUUCAGGGGCAUCACUUUAAAGGGGCACAUCAAAUGGUGAAAAUAUGGGGAGGAUGGGUAUGUGAGUCCCCAUUCUCUGUAGGAAACACUGAGGGGGCUGAACUCUGCUUCAUAAUUGAAUAUUGCAUUGAAUCCACACACAUCUCCAGUGUCUCUUGCCAAGAUGCCCCCCCCCACCGCCACCACAUCAAUAUAUGUACCUUUUUAGUCACAGAUCCUACUUAGAGAGCUGAGUUUUAGCAUCCUUGGAACCUUUUGAGCGUGUACUUAAACCUCCCUACUGAUUAGAAUCUUUGAACUUAAAAAAAAAUACUGUACUUUAAAAUUUGUUUGGAAAAUCAGAUAAGUAGCAAGUCCAUGUUUAAGCUGCGUAGGGUAUUUAUAUUUCUGUUUUUAAAACACAGAAAAAUAUGUACGGAAAUACUGUCUUAAAGGAGAAAUGAACAAAGUGAGUUGAGGCUCAGUUUGUUGAACAAAGCUAGAUGAGAACCUUUGGUAUGGAGAAUUUUUGUUUUAAUUUCUACCUCCUAAAUUGGAAAGUUGUAUAUGUUUCCUUGUCGUGAAUGGGAUUUUUUUUAUGUCAAAGAUUAAUAUAGCCCAGAAUCCUGUUAGCUGUUUGCGUGCAUGACAGACAAAACAUUGAAGUUGCUCCCGCAUACUGAUAAGGUACCUGCUGCAUGUUGGUUGUGUGCCUAGUUGUGCAUCUAGUUGUGCAACACAGCACCUUGUCAGCAAGCUGGAAUUAGCUACUGCAGAUUCUGUAUUUUUCUUUGGAGUACACACAAAUAACCAGGAGGAUUCUGGCCAUAACGUUUUGUCUGUUUCCAAAUUAACUGAAAGAGAGAGAGAGAGAGAGAAAGAUUGUGAUAAUUGCAACUGAUUUCUAGAGGUAACUGGCUUAAAACAUUCUGAUUUCUGUGUGCAAACAAAUUCUCCUCUUUAACGUCAGAACAUAGUGCACCAGAAUGUUCACUUGGGCCAUCCUGACUGAAAUGAGCAGGAACCACACAAGAGGGAGUCAAAUUAAAUGCUCCCUUCCUGAAACCAAUUGGACACAUUCCUUCCAGAUGAGACCACAAGGAAAGACUGAUGAUUGUGUAUUUCCUCCACAGCAGCCCUCAGCUCAGAGCUCAUGAGAUGAGGUGGAGUGCAGCAUCUCCAGCCAGCAUAGUAUGUUGUCUUGGCAUGGUAGAGGUUGUAGUUUAGACCAUCUCAAGGGACCCUAGGUUGACAAAGCUAUUCUCAUAGCAUGGGACUCUCCAGAUCCAUAUGGACGUGGCUGCCACACGUCUGGAGAACAAAAGGGAGGAAGAACACCCAGCAAAGAGCAGAAGAGGCAGAAACUGCAAAGGGGCAUGAAAGUCAAACUAUUGCCCAGUGCAUUUUUGUAGGUGUUGUAAAUGCCCCUUGGGGGCAGUUCUGUGGGUCGAAUUAUUGGGCAUUGCACUGUUGGUUAUUCAUCAGUUGCUGCCAUGGGAGGAUGCAUGUUAGAACAUUGGUUCCCAAACUUGUGUCCCCAGAUGUUUGUGGACUACAACUCCCAGAAAUCCUGGCUCAUGAUGAAGGUGUC